AUGUGUUCCAGUCGGGGUAUAUGCGGCGACAACAACAGCAGAUCGUCCAGCGCAGAGAGCACCGGGUCAGGAGCUCAUUAUGCGCUGUGUGCCCUGGGGGUGGGGCUCAUCGCCCUGGGGAUCGUGAUGAUUGUGUGGACUGUGAUCCCGAUGGACGGAGAGGCUUCAGGUGGCGCCCCCGCCCCACCGGGCAACUCCACCACACCUCAACACGACGACGAGGAUGAAAAAGAAAGCUCCAAAUCUUCAACAGUGGCUAUGGUGCUGGUUGGAGUCGGGGCGGCCAUGUUGCUUUUAUCUAUUGUCCUGGGUGUGAGGAGCAGGAAGAGACGACGCCAAGCAGCAGCCAACCGGCCGGCGGCGGCGGCGGCCGCGGCGGCCCCCUUCAUGAACCACGCCAGAGAGGAAGAACCUACAGACCCAAACACCUUCAGCGUGCCGAGCUACGAGGAGGUCGUCGGCAGCGGCGACUACCUCGUCCGCCAAAGCAACCUUCGCCAGAGUACGUCCCAGCUGCCGUCCUACGAGGACCUCAUAGAGGCUGUGGAGAAUGAAGGAAGAGAAAACCCCACCGAGGACACCCCACUGAAUGAUCCCGCAGCGGCGGCUUCAGCUGAGCCCUCUGCCGCCGCCGAGCCCUCUGCCGCCGACCCCCCCGGCCUCACAUCCAACCCCAGCCUGCCCACUCGCAGCGCCAGCCGGGCCAGCCGUAUACUGCGUUUACCGCUCCGGGUGAGGAGGAUCAAGUCAGACAAACUGCACCUGAAGGACUUCCGCCUCCAAAUCCGCACCCCGACACAGAACCCAGUGACCAUUGAACCCAUCACUCCGCCACCGGAGUAUGACAAUAACGUUCCUGAACUGGGGUAGUGUCUCUGGCUUGUUGCCCGCUCCCGAUGAAUAAAAAUAUCUCUGUGUUAAAUGGACUAAUGAUAACAUUUCUGAAAACCAAUUUUCAAGGUUGGUAUUAAGUAGGUUAAAAGUGGCUGCGAGCAGCGUGAUGGCGGCUGUGCAGACACACUCCUGAAAGGAGAACAUUGUCUUUGUCAGCGGAGCUUGUGAUCGGCAUAUUUAUUCCUUUAUAAAGCAUAAUUAAGUCUGUGUGAAAAGACCAGCUGUCAAAGUUGAGAUUUUGUUUUAGACAUCAUGCAGUAAAUUAUGUCAAAUAUUAUACAGCCUUUCAGUUUUAUUUAAUAUUUGCUAAUUGUGUGUUGCAAUGGACAAUAUCAUGGACUCUUAUAUAUACAUAUAUACAGUACAGGC